AAUGAACGAGUUCGACCAGUGUGGCUCACCAAAUCAACAAUUUUGGAGGUCGACCUCCUGAUGAUUCUUAAUAAGAUGGGGCCUUCAUUUUGCAUAAAAGCAAUCGCGACUGUAUGGUCUUCCGCAUGCGAAAUGCUAUGCCAUCCCGAGAGUACCCUCGCCGUUCUGGAACAUGAGCAGCCUCACAAAAGUCUCUACAGCGUAGUUCAUUUAACGCUUUGCAUGGUCUGUUCAGCUCAUUGAUGUGGCGCUUUUCUGUACGCAUUUCCGGCGGCUCGGUGUUAAUCGUGUCCAUUCUGUCAUGCUGUCCAUUUGCGUGCUUUUCGCUUCCUUUCACCCUGAACUUACUCUUCAACUUCUCAAAUGCGUUCCUUUUUUGCGCAGAUCGUGCUCGAAGGAUAUACUGCAAUGCCACUUUAUGGACAGAAUUCAAGUACUCUGUUCACGUCGUCCCCCUCGGUAGUGAUUCACGUCAGCGGUUACGAAUACUCGUUGCGAAUCAUUGACAACAACCUCUCACUGUGACAAGCAUCUAGCACACUGGAAACCCCGAAAUCAGCAAAACACGGAGUGCCAUCGAUCGCCAUGGAUAAGCACGUUGGGCUUUCAUAGCCAUGACCGAAGUUCCUGUGCUAGAACAUCAAUAUUACUAUUUCCCAAACUGAUCAAUGUUGUAUAUGUGCUCUUAUGGAGAAUGGCGUACGUAUAUGCUGUAGUAUUAAACCUCUCACUCAAUCAUUCAACAUUCUUCAUGACCGAUCUCUGUUGCCAAUCCGCAUUAUGUA